CUUUCUUUCCCCCUGAAACACACAUAACAAUAAAUGGAAAUGUUUUUUAAAGAAUAUAAUCUGAUAUUGGAAAUAACAAAUUGUGAGGGCACUGAAGUCAACUAAGUUUUACUUCUCUUCAAACUUGAUUUCAUAUUAAUUUUACCUAGGACUAUUCAGAAAUGUUUCACAUUUGAGUGUUCCAUCCAGAGAACUGUUCUUGUGUGGAGUGAAAUGCACAGACAGGAUCCAGACUGACCUUCCAACUCUGACAAUGCUCCACAACUCUAGAACACUCUCAACAUUGCUAGUCUCCUGAACGUUACACAGCAAGGUUUUCAGAACCUCUCCACUAUGUUCCAUGUGAGAACGUUGUGGAGGACAAAGAGGCGGAAUUAAAGAUUCUAGCCAGAGGGCUUUUUUGACAGAUAUGCUGAGAACACUUUAAGUGAGUACCAGGAUGAUGGAUUUCUCACAGUGACAAAGCACCGGAAGCGUUUGUAUUCAAGCUGAGAACAUCACCUGUGGUGCUGGGAAAGGCCCUUGAGUGCAGUGGACAGUCAUGAAAGGAUUACAAGCAGCUGUCACAAGGACUAAAUCUAGAUUGAUAUUUCAAGGGGUCUUUAAUAGCUCUCAAAUGUCACAAUACAUUAUAUGCUUUGUUGUUGUCAUGUCUCCUUUCUUCUAGGAAAUGUGGGGAGGGGGGUUCAGGUCCAGAUGUGAAUACUACACAUGCACUGGCCAGCAGGUUUCUGAAUGUAGACAUCACAUAGCUUUCAGGUGCAGCUCAAAGGUGCCAAUGGCUUCCUAACCUAAGGAAUUAAUUGGCCCCAGUGUCUUGUAAACACAACUUAGUUUUCAUAAAUUUAAGAGUGGACUCAAGUACCAGAAACAGCAGGUUGUCUCAUCGCAAAUGGCCUUGGAAUGAAGCCUCUAUGAGGGACAAAGAGGGCCUUAGUCGUGCUUCUACGGCAUCUAAGAACCAGUUUAUUCUAGUUCUUUCCUCUGUAUGUGCAUGAGUUAUAUGAACAUUAGUUAUAACAUCAACAUCAUGUACCGUUUUAAAACUCCACAAAUGUGUUUACCCUUCUCCAGAAAACCCAUUAAAUAUUCCACAGCCCAACAUUAAUUUUUCUAUGGAAUUGAUGGUAGGAGCUGGGCUGCCGUGUGUGGACCAGCUGAUGUUGGCCAAAAUACCCGGUGGAGGAGAAAGAUAAGUUAAGGAGAGAGACACGAAGGAUACACCUGAAUUUGGACCAAUGUUUUUCUUGACUUGUGUUUGUUUGAGAGACUUGAACUCUCAGGCUCAACUAUCCCUCCAGCCUCAGCUCUGAGUACCUGGGGUUGUAAUUUCACUUCAUUUUUUUUUUUUCAUGAAUUUAGCAGCACAUCUUUUUAUGCAUUUUUAAGAGUUGGAAACUUCACACCUCUUUAUAGUUAUUGAUGCUUAUCUUAGCUUUCUCUCAGCAAAGCCACAGUUACUUUAGAAUAGCACCCCUUUUGGGAACAAUUAGCAAGGAAAAGAAACAGCGAGACACUAUGCUACCACCAGGUGGCAGAGCCUCAAUAACCUGGAAGAAAAGUGGCGCACCCAAGAUCGCUGUCAGGUGCGGUAAAACGCACCAUGUUUAGGGUGGCCUCCACUCUCCUGGGGAUCUGAGGUCAGGGGGGAGGUCCCGUCAAUCCGUCCAUCCACCAGGCAGUGUGGCUGAGCCUCGGCAUCCCUGAGAAGAGUAGCUGGAGCGGGUUCGAAUUUCCGGAGACGCCCGAUGGCUGCGCUGGCUAGGGACCGUCUGAGGCUGAGCCGCGGACCAGGACCUACAGUUCACUCCUGGCUCCUCAGCGGCGGCGCCCAGGAUACAACCUGUGCACUCGGGCCGCCGUCUGAGGUGACUGAAGGCGGCAGGCUUCGCGCGCGUCUGGUCCAAUCCUGAUUUUCAUUUCGCUCCAGGCUCAGAGGACUAAUUACGCUCCAAACCGCACAAACAGGAAGGAGGGAGGGCCGGGAGUGCGGGCAGAGGGCGGGUCGUUCCCAGCAGCGCGGGCGGUCCCUCCCCGCUCGGGUCCCCGACCCGCGGUGCCGGGGCGGGGCGUGCUUGUCAGCUGGGGCUAGAAAAGGCGGCGGCCCGGUCCGGCGAGGUGACAGCCCAACUUGGACGCCUGGCCGGGCCGACGCCGCCAUGAGCGCCGCACUUUUCAGCCUGGACAGCCCCGCGCGCGGCGCACCCUGGCCCACCGAGCCCACGGCCUUCUACGAGCCAGGCAGAGUGGGCAAGCCGGGCCGCGGGCCCGAACCGGGGGAUCUAGGGGAGCCGGGCUCCACGGCCCCUGCCAUGUACGACGACGAGAGCGCCAUCGACUUCAGCGCCUACAUUGACUCCAUGGCCGCCGUGCCCACCCUGGAGCUGUGCCACGACGAGCUCUUCGCCGACCUCUUCAACAGCAACCACAAAGCGGCCGGCGCGGGCGGCCUGGAGAUGCUGCCCGGCGGCUCCACUCGACCGCCAGGCGCGGGUUCAGCCACCCGGGGCCCGCUCAAGCGUGAGCCCGAUUGGGGCGACAGCGACGCGCCGGGCUCCCUGCUGCCCGCGCAAGUGGCCGUGUGCGCGCAGACGGUGGUGAGCCUGGCGGCCGCGGCGCAACCCACACCGCCCACGUCGCCCGAGCCCCCUCGAGGCAGCCCAGGGCCGAGCCUCGCGGCCGUCCCCGUCCGAGAGAAGGGCACUGGCAAGAGGGGUCCGGACCGCGGCAGCCCCGAGUACCGGCAGCGGCGUGAGCGCAACAACAUCGCUGUGCGCAAGAGCCGCGACAAGGCCAAGCGCCGCAACCAGGAGAUGCAGCAGAAGUUGGUGGAGCUGUCGGCCGAGAACGAGAAGCUGCACCAGCGCGUGGAGCAGCUCACGCGGGACCUGGCCGGCCUCCGGCAGUUCUUCAAACAGCUGCCCAGCCCGCCUUUCCUGCCGCCCACCGGCACCGACUGCCGGUAACGCGUGGCGUGGGCCUCAGAGACUCCAAACGACCGAUACCUCAGACCCCGACGGCCGGGAGUGGACGCCGCCAGAGCUGCUGCAGUUUCUUUGGGACGUGCGAGCGACCGGAAGCUGCAGCUUGGACACUGGACUGCGAGAGAAGCUACAUGAGUCUUUCCCCCUUAAAUUAUUUUUAUAAUGGUAGCCUUUUCUACGUCUUAUUACCAUUGCAGCUAAGGUACAUUUGUAGAAAGAGAAGACUUUUCGAAGACUUUUGUAGAUACGAGGAAGAGACUGCGCAUGCUUUUUGUAUUAAUUUUUACAAUAUUUGUAAGAAUAAAGAAGCAUUUAAAUUGC